CUAUUUUAAGUCUAUUUCUUAAAAUAUAUAAUUUCUAUUACUUACGCUUGAUGCAUAUUUGACUUAAAAAACAAUUUUGUUUUCAUAAUGGCUGCAGAUAAAGGUUGCGAUAUUAAUUCUCUGAAUAUUCAAAACGUAAAUAUCGAUAAUUAUAGACAAUUGGUUCAAUUAUAUCUCAAUUUACAUAUUUACCAAGCAGCACUGUUUUGGGCAGAUAAAGUUGUUGCUCUAACAAAUGGAAACCCCAAAGAUGUUUACUGCUUGGCGCAGUGCAUGUACAUGUUGAAGGAAUAUCAUCGUGCGGCCCAUUUGUUACGAUCUCGUAAUUUGGAAAAGAAGUUUGUGUUGUGCAAUUACUUAACUGUGAAGUGUCUUAUGGAGGCCCAUGAUUUAAAUGAAGCGUUGAAAGUUUUGAACAUGUUAGACGUAGACGUUUUACUUCAAAACACCAGUGUCGCUGCUUCUUUGGAAUCAAGUUUAUUUGAUAACACCCCUAAACAUAAAAUCCAAUCUUCAGUUUUGUUACUUAAAGGUCAAAUUCUUGAAGCUAUGGAUAAUCGUUCUUUAGCAGUUGAAUGUUACAAACAAGCCCUACAUUGUGAUGUUUAUUCUUAUGAGGCAUUCAAUGCCCUCAUUAAACAUCAUAUGCUUACAGCAUCAGAAGAAGAGAAGCUGCUUAAUUCACUUGAUGGAGCAAUAUCAGAACAAUGUGACCCUUUGGAGAAACAAGUUCUGUUGACUUUAUAUAAAAGCAAAUUAAAAAAAUAUCACACACCCUCACCUAAGAUUAUCAGAGAUAUUAGUUUAUCUUGUGGAACAACAAAAAUGGAUUCUAAAUCUCUUUUAUCUAAAAAUGAAAACCCCGACACUUCUAUUUCUGAAAAUGGAACUGGCAAGGAUGUAAAAGUAAAUAAAUGGUUGCUUCAGGUACAAGAGAGUAUAGACAUGGCAGUGUCUGAGGCAGAAAGGCUAUAUUAUAAUUGUGAAUAUCAGAAUUGUAGUAAGCUGUCUGAAAAAAUUUUAAAACAAGAUCCUUAUCACAAUGAAUGCCUUCCCAUAUACAUUUCCUGUCAAGUGGAGCUUAAGCAUAGCAAUAAGUUAUUUACAUUAGCUCAUACUUUAGUUGACCUCUAUCCAUCUUUGGCAAUUGCAUGGUUUGCUGUGGGAUGCUAUUACUAUACUAUAGGCAAGAGCGAUUUGGCUAGGAGAUUUUUGUCGAAAGCCACUACUUUGGAUAGACUUUAUGGUCCUGCAUGGUUAGCAUUUGGUCAUUCGUUUGCAACAGAAAAUGAACAUGAUCAAGCAAUGGCUGCAUAUUUUAAAGCUUCACAGUUGAUGAAAGGUUGUCAUUUGCCAUUGCUUUACAUAGGUUUAGAAUGUGGUAUCACCAAUAAUAAUAGACUGGCAGAAGAGUUCUUUCAACAGGCUCAAGCUAUUGCUCCAUACGAUCCGUUUGUAAUGCACGAAAUGGGAGUCAUUGCUUUUCAUAAUAACGAAUACACAAAAGCAGAGCAAUAUUUUAAAAAUGCUCUCUGCAAAACGCAAAGCGUAAACGGAUCAAUUUUACCAGCACAAUGGGAACCAUUAUUAAAUAAUUUGGGACACACAUACAGAAAGCUACGAAGAUACGAAGAAGCUUUAGAAUAUCAUCAUAAAGCAUUAACAUUGUCUCCUUUGUCCGCAAGUACCUUUUCUGCUAUUGCUUAUGUUAAUGCUUUAAUGGGCAAAACAGAGGAUGCCGUUCAUUGGUUUCAUAAAGCCCUCGGACUUCGGAUGGACGACACGUUUAGUACCACAAUGUUGAGUUACUUAAUAGAACAUUUAUCUGAGGAACAGGCCCCGUAUCCUGGUGCCCCUAAUUUCAUUCCUAAUUUUUCUGCAACGGUGGCAAAAGAAGCAGGAUCAGAAAAUUGCAUUAUGAUUGAAGAGGAAAUGGUUGCCGUGCCCGAAAUCAGCGAACAGGAACAAUUGACUGAUAUGAGUUUAGAAAUUGAUAUGUCUUCAAAUAAUCAAACAUGAUAAUUGUUUAUUGGAGUUCACACAACAAAUAAAACACAUUUUUGAAUUUUCA